GAUCCCUGUCAGUCAUCCUUGUCGCCCGCCCUCUGAUAAUGCAGCAUGGGCGAAAAUACCAGACCCAGAAGCUACAGCUGAGGAAGCAGACCCGCGUACUGUCAACGAUUUUGGACGCUUGGACGAAAGUGAUGUUCCAACAAUGCCGAUAGUGGAUAAACUCAAGGAGGCAUUAAAACCUGGUCGAAAGGAGACGGGUGAUGAGGGCGACCUCAACAAACUGUUGGCCUCUUCUGCUAAGAAGGUCCUCUUGCAGAAGAUAGAAUUCGAGCCUGCCAGCAAGGGUUUCUCCUAUCAGCUGGACAGCUUGAAGAACAAAUAUGUGAUCCUCAAUCCCAGGAAUGAGGGCGCUACAAGCCAGAAGGCCCCAGAGCCUGUCCAAAUAAAGAGGCAAGUCUCAGAGAACGUCGUUGGGGGCCAGAGCGAUGGGAUCCCCGCCCCGCAGAAGAUGCUGUUUCCAGGGAACAAGCUUACCCUUAAAUGGGAGCGUGUGUACAGGGUGGGAGCCGGUCUCCACAACCUGGGGAACACCUGCUUCCUCAACUCCACAGUGCAGUGUCUCACCUACACCCCACCACUUGCCAACUACUUACUCUCAAAGGAGCACAGCCGUGCCUGUCACCAGUCAGGCUUUUGUAUGAUCUGUAUAAUGCAGAACCAUAUCAUCCAAGCCUUUGCCAACACGGGCAACGCCAUCAAGCCUGUCUCCUUCAUCAGAGACCUGAAAAAAAUUGCCAGACAUUUUCGCUUCGGAAGCCAGGAGGACGCACAUGAGUUUCUGCGGUACACCAUUGAUGCCAUGCAGAAAGCCUGUCUCAAUGGCUACCCUAAGCUUGACAGACAGACCCAGGCCACAACGCUGGUUCACCAGAUCUUUGGAGGUUACCUCAGGUCAAGAGUGAAAUGCUCUAUUUGUAAAAGUGUGUCAGACACAUACGACCCGUAUCUGGACAUUGCUGUGGAGAUUCGGCAAGCAGCAAACAUUGUGCGAGCCCUGGAACUGUUUGUUAAACCAGACAUACUAAGUGGAGAGAAUGCCUACAUGUGUGCUAAGUGCAAAAAGAAAGUGCCAGCAACCAAGCGCUUCACAGUCCAUCGAACAUCUAAUGUACUGACCCUUUCGCUGAAGAGGUUCGCAAACUUCAGCGGAGGAAAAAUAACAAAGGAUGUCGGUUACCCAGAAUUCCUGAACAUCCGACCCUACAUGUCUCAGAGCUCAGGCGAUCCUGUUAUGUACGGCCUCUAUGCUGUUCUGGUGCACUCUGGCUACAGUUGUCACGCUGGCCACUACUACUGCUAUGUCAAGGCAAGCAACGGACAGUGGUACCAAAUGAAUGAUUCAAUGGUGCACUCGAGUAACAUCAAAGUGGUCUUGAACCAGCAGGCUUAUGUGCUUUUCUACCUGAGGAUCCCUGAAACAAAGAAGAACGCAGAUGGACAGACCACCAAGCAGGGAAUGUUGCAUCCUGGGAAGAACAGUGCGUCGUCUGAACAGAUAAAAAGAGCCAAUCUGAACGGGCCCCUCUCCUCCCCACAGGUCACAAAGAAACUUGAGCCUGCACAACUGCGUAAGAUCCAGUCCAUGGACGGUGGUUUGGGCCUGCCCAUUUCCAGGAACGGUGUGAGCUCUCAGCCACAGCCCAGACUUUCCAACUGGACGUCAUCCUCCAAUGGCCCGCCGAAGCUGCCAGGUGGGCCCACAGUUAUCGAGGAACCUUUCAAGAAGCUGAAGAAGCCCUCUCCCCAAAGCCAAGCGCAGUCCCGCAGCAGCACUCCGACCCCUUCCAACAAUGGGGUUGGCAGGACGGAGGGAGAUAAAAAGCAAGGUGGCGAGGGCAGAGGCAUGGCAGCAUCUACCUCAAUUAAGUCUUUGUCUGACUCUUCCUCUGCCGACACCACUGACUCAAAGGACUCCGUCGGUCCCAAAAGUGCGCCAGUAGGAGAGACUCCCUCCACCCCACGGAAAGGCUCUAAUGGCCUGGCGUCUCCAGCCAAGAGUGUGGAGCGUUCUCAGAGCACAGAGGAGCAGAAGACGACGAAAAUAAAACCCCCGGCCCUCAACAACAUCACAUCAGAAGCCACCAGCGCCAUGUCACCUCCACCUGCCAAGAAACUGGCCCUGUCGGCCAAGAAGGCUCGCAACCGGAGUCCGAGCAGCAUUGAUGCUCUGCCCCCUUUGCCACGCCAGCUGUCCAGGGACCCCACGCAUCACAAUCAACUUAACCCCCUCACCUUUGCCUCACCCACUCACACUCACAGAGCUGGUCCAUUCCAUUCACCUAAAGUCCAGUCAUCGCAGCCUUUUGCCCACUCAAGUGGAUCCUUCAAACAGCAGAGCCCUCAGAAACAGUCCCUUCUCUCCACACUGCAAAAACCAAACGCCAGCCUUCCUCUUAAAACCAACGGGCUUCACAGUGCCGGCCCAAAGAGCCCCAAGUCUUCCAACAACCUCAGCUCUUUGUUCCAGGAACCAGACCUCAACAGCCCUCUGGCUGCAAAUGUCAACCAGAAGAAGAAGAAGAAGAAAAAGAAGCGGCGGCAUUCUGAGGUGGAGGGCGACACAGAGCCAGUCACUUCUCCAGCUACAGCAACACCAGUCGACCUCGCGGAAUCAGCUAGCGAGAAGAAGAGGAAGAAGAAAAAGAAAAAGCGAAAGAGGGAGAACGAGGACGGAGAGAAAGUGAAGGAGAGGGACUGCGUCCCAUCUCAUCUAGACACAUCGAACCAGGAGGAGGAUUGGUGUCAGGGUGGCAUGUGGAGUCUCACAUCGAAACCAGAUACAGAACAGUCUAAGCAAAAGCCUCCGUUAGCCGUCGCAACCUCGACGCAGUGCGAGUCCGAUCAGAAAGAACAGGGAAGGGACUCGGUGAAGUUGAAAAAGAAGAAGAAGAAAAAGAAACUGGCUCUGCAGGACACGACUUCAGCAUGCUCUGCAUCAGAAAGCGCUUCUGAAAUGAAAGCCACAGUUGUUCAGAAUGACACAGGAGAGUUGAUACUGUUGAAAAAGAAAUUAAAAAGGAAGAAGAGGCUAAAAGAAGAGGUGAAACUGUGGGAGGAGAGCAGGCGAUGCUCAGAUGGGCAGAACGACGAGCCUGGAGCAGUGGAGCCCCCUUCCAAAAAGAACGCCACCGAGAACGGCAAAAUAAGUAAACAAGGCACAGCCACCGUGGUAGUGUGGGACAGCCAAGUAAGGGACGGCUACAAACGCAGCCAGGCGCCAGCGGCUGGUGACAGUGCGUCAGGACAGACCCCGCCUCAAGCUGCUCCCGUUGCAUGGGACGGGAAAAAGACGAGCGGGGUUGUAGAGGAGCUGCUCAGGAACGCCACCGAUAAGGCCUACGGAGCCAACGUCCUCAGUUGGGAAGGCGAGGUCUCUGCUGUUAGUAGAGAUGCUAUCGAAGAUGCCCGCCAUGCCAAGUGUGACACUGUGAUCGACGAGUGGGAUGAAGAAUUCGACAGGGGAAAGGUAAAGAAAAUGAAAAACUAUAAAAAAGAGAAGUGGAGAAGUGGCAGCAACAUCUUCCAGAAGAUCCAGGACAGGCGCAAUAAGUGGUCUGUGACGCCCGGAGGGAAGAGAGUUUUUGGAGUUCGUCGCUGAGAGUCCAGAUUGCUGUUGAGGUCAUGCUGACUAGAAAUCAAGACAAUACUGUAUACCAAACUUCUGUACCUUUUUUUUUUUUUUUUUUCACUUUUUAUUUUUUAAAUCUUUGUUUUUUUUUUUGAUAAGUUUAAGACUCAAAUUCCUGAGAAAUGAGCCAAAAGCAGCAGAGGCUGCACUGACAGCCCCUUCAAUUUCAGUUGGAAACAUGAAUUGUCAUCAGGCUUUAGUAACACUGGCCUGCGGGAUUUGACUCACUCAUAUCCCCUUUUAAUCCAAAUAACACAGUUUCUAUGCAUGCAGCGUUUAACACAAACUCUUUAUUAAAUUACUGCAUGUUGGCAUCCUUUUUAAGCCUCGGUUGUUCUCCCAACAAUGACGCUACUAUGAAAUCGGAUACAGUGUAGCGUAUUUGAGAAGGGCAGGCCAACAAUGACACCUGCAACACUUUGGCUGUCCUGUAUUGAUUGAAAUUGUACACAAUCUCAGAGCAUACUUUUGCAGACAUAAGGGCUCAGUAAGUUGAAUAUUUAAAAAAAAAAAGUGACCUUUUUUUUUCCUCUCUUGAAAUUAUGCUAUACCAAAUUACAAAGAUCCAAAUGUGUUUAUUCAUUAAAACAUAUUAUUUUAGAUUUCUGUAUGAUUUUCUUAUUUUAUACCUGUAUCCACCAUCAUUUUAUUUUGCUGCAGUGUCUGUGCCACGUGGCUCUUUUUUUUUUUUAAAGGACCAAAUUUUGCCUGCAUAUUGUUGGUGAAAUGAAGGUUUAAAAUAGCCACCCUUUUUAAAAAAAAAAUUACAUGCAUGUCUGAACUGGUUUAAAAAAAAUUUACUAUGAUGAAUUUUAUUUUUAGAUCUGCUCUCUUGGUUGUUUUCCCUUUUUUGUUCCUUAACAGAUUCAGUUUCAGAUUCAAUGUUGAUGCAUUUUGCACCACAAAAGAAUGCUCUGCUGAUUUGUAUGAACUGUGGACAAAACAACAGAUCGGAUGCUAUAAGCUUCACCAUGUCUGUGUGUUUACCUGGGCGGUAUUGUUUUCUGACAGCUCACAGGGCAAUGUGCAUUUGUAGAGGUUGGAGUUGUUGAAGAAACCAGAAUGGGAUGGGAGCUGUUGUUUUCUACUGUGCAGCUAUUUAACGAUGUAGCUCAUCUCGUCAGUUCAGCGUUCAGAAGUUCACAGUCUGGAGAUUUGACCUUUUCCAUUCUCUGUAACAAACUCUCGCCACAAACUGUUGUUUUACCAAUGUACUGAAAUAAAAGGGUUACAUUUUAUACUUCAGGCACUGUGUUAGAAUGGGACUGCCACAUGCUAAUGUUUUAUUUUCCCCUUACAUCUUAUAUCUCUAUGCAAUUUUCUGACGGUCAUGCUGGUCACGUAGAAACUGGGCUGAGACUCAGGAACCCAGACAUCCUGUAUUCCAUUUUUGUCUCUGAUCAGAUGCUCCCGUUUCAUAUCAGAGUAGUUCCUUUCCCUGGACCACCAUUUUGCAUCCUGUACAUCCUGUAGAAACUGUUUUAUACAAAGUAUUUCAGGUGUGGAAACCAUGGGAUCAUCUCGCACCAAUCCAGGCACAGAUGCGUAGAGAAACUAACGUUAUAACAAAACGCUUUGCCAAUGUAGAAGACUGUACAGUCCAUCUUGUGCUACCCAUUUCCCUCCAACGCUGUAAAGAUCUGCCCAUGCAUUUCUUUUCAUUCUAGAGAUGUUGCCUUGAAUUGGCUAUAAAAAGUAUAGGAUUUAAUGUUAUAAAUAUAUAAUUUAAAGAAGAAAAGACAGAUCUUUAAUGUGCUACUAAUACUUGGAUCAGUUGGUGGAUGUUAACACGAGAAUUAAUCUGCAAAUGUGUGAGUUCAUUUGUGUAUGAGAGUUGUCUGUUUCUCAUGCAAGACCUUCCCUAUGUCACUGUAGUGUGUACAGUACAAGAGAGGCUACGACAGCCUAAUUAUCAUAGGAUGUGUUCGUCAGCUGUGAAAUCAACAUAUAGGGUGUGACUCUCAAACUGACACAGAGGAACUUUUACCAGUGUGAAUGGACGGUCAACAUGUUUGCAUUGAUGGUUCUAUAUUUCGCACCACCUUUUCUGACCAUGGCAGAGAGCUUUCAUAAUGAAAGUGUCUCUUGCCACACUAUAGUUAACUAUAAAGGUGCAAUAAAGUUGUGACUUUUGUGAG